AUGUUUAAAUUCAUUUUCAUUUGCGCUAUUGUUGCUGUAGCUGCCGCCAAACCCAGCCAUUUGGCUUACGGCGGACAUUUAGUAUAUGCCGCACCAGUUGUAGAAAAAAUUGUGCAACCAAUUGUGGAAAAAUAUGUCGAACCAAUCGUAGAAAGAACUGUUGUCCAACCUAAACCAAUCAUAGAAAAGAUCGUCAUCCAACCAGCCUCUGAAAGCCACGUUUACAGAAAAGACAUAAUCGGUAAAGCAGUCGUAUCAUUCCACUCAGCUCCAGUGGUAGCUUCAGCACCAAUCGUCCGUGCCGCUUCAAUUGUCCACUCUGCUCCACUGUUGCACUCAUCUCUUUACUCUCCUUCAUUAGCUGGAUAUGGUUAUGGUUAUGGAUAUAAUACCCCAUUGACCUACUCCACCGGUUGGUAA